GCAGCAAAGAAAGCAAACGUAAAGAAAGAGCCACACACAAAACAAGAAAAAUUCACUGCUACUGCUUUUGUUCUAAAUUAUACUUUCGGCGUUGUUGUUUCGUGUGUUUGAAUUGUGCAAAUAGUGUAAAAAACGCCAGGCAAAUUGUGAAAAGUGCAACGCGUACAAAUAUUGUUAAAACAACGUUGUUAACGUCUUGUGACUGUGUCGCGCAUACAAAAAGAAAGUCGUAAAAAAAUCUAAAGUCAGAGCUAGCUGAGAGGGAGGCGUAGCGCCGUUGUUUCUUGGAGCUCCACCACACACACACACACAGUCACACACAUAUACACAGUCCACACCACAAAAACAACACAAACGCCACAUACAAUAAUAAACACGGACUCAAGUUGCAGCGGAGAGGAAGAAAAUAUAAAAAAAAAAGAAAGAGUUGGAAUAGCAGCAGAGAGCAAAGUUAGCAGCGACAGUGAGAAAGCAAAAGGACGAUAUGCAGGUCAAUGUUGCCGGUUUACGUAGAAACAUUAAAAAUCUUGCGCACAACUAUUCCGAUGCACAGGUCAAAGUGCGCGAGGCCACGUCGAAUGAUCCGUGGGGUCCAUCGGCCACUAUUAUGGCCGAAAUUGCGGAUCUAACGUAUAAUGUGGUGGCCUUUUCGGAGAUAAUGCAAAUGAUAUGGAAGCGGCUAAACGAUCAUGGCAAGAACUGGCGGCAUGUCUACAAGGCGCUCAUCCUCCUCGAGUAUCUGAUCAAAACGGGCACCGAGAAGGUCGCACAGCAAUGCAAGGAGAACAUAUUCGCCAUACAAACAUUGCGUGAGUUUGUCUACUUCGAGGAGGGCAAAGAUCAGGGCACACAUGUGCGCGAGAAGGCCAAGCAGCUGGUCACAUUGCUCAAGGACGAUGAGCGUCUGAAGAAUGAGCGCGUCAAAGCGCUGAAAGCGAAGGAGCGCUUUGCGCUGCAUCCAAGCGGAUUUGGCAGCGAUGGUUAUAUCGAUGGGCCAUCGCAAAGAGACAUGCCGCCAGGCUGGCAAGAGGAGCCGCCCAAAAGUGCUUCCGAACUGGAAAUGGUGCGUCCACAAACUGCUGGCGAGGAGGAGCUGCAGCUGCAGCUGGCGAUGGCUAUGUCCAGAGAAGAAGCAGAGCAGGAGGAGGCCAAGCGGCGCAGCGAUGAUGUGCGUCUGCAGCUGGCGCUAAGUCAAAGCGAACAGGACUUCAAAGGUACAAAUGGUCGUCCACUUGUUGGUGCUGCUGCUGCUGCGCCCAAGGAGGAGCAGCAAAGUCAUUUACUCGACUUGCUGGACAUUUCGCUGGGCGCCACUAGCAUUUCAAGUCCACCGCUGGGCGCCGCUGGCGGUGCUGCUGCUGCUGCUGUUGUGGAUCCUUGGGCUGCGCCACCCGCGCGUGCAGCAAGUCAACUUUCCGAUCCGUGGUCUGGCAGCGCCUCCAAUACGCCCAUACCUGCCGAUCCCUGGCAUCCUGCUAGCGCUCCACGCACCAUUAUGAGCGCUGGCGUGCCGCUGGGCGCUGCAGCAGCUGCCACGCCGCAGCCAGGCGAUGCUUGGGGCAUGCGCACACAGUCACCGUCCGUUGCCUCGGGCUCCUCCAACGAAGGCUGGCUGCAGACCAAUGGCAAUGCCCAGCAGAAUGGCGCACGUGCUGCAGCGCCUGUGGAUGCUUGGCUAAGCAAGAGCGCAGCAAGUCCAGCGCUAGCAGCAGCGCCAGCAGCACGUGCAACCAGCAAUGGCAGCUCGGGCGAUCCGUGGCUAGCGGAAACGCCAGCUGCACCAGCAGAUCCCUGGGCGGGUGGUCAGCCCGCAGGCGCAGGCACUGGCGCCUUGGAUGAUCCCUGGAAAGCUGUGCAAACGGGCGCCAUUAAGAAACAAUCGCCCGACUUUGAUGAGUUUGAUUUGAUUACCAAUCGCAACAAGAGCGAGCUCAACAAUUCACAUGCCUCCAAUAACAACAAUGCUUCAUUGCUUGACGAAAUGGAUCCGCUUUCGACAAACUAUGGCAGCCUUAAUAACUCCAGCGUACAUGCCUCAACGGGCGCCACCGCAAAGAAGCCACUGAAAGAUCCGCAUGCAUUUCUGGGCGAAAACUCGGCGCUGGUCAAUCUGGACAAUCUAAUAAAGCCCAUAGCGCCGCAAACGCAAGCAGGACUAGCGCCAGCCUACAAUCCUUUCGCUGACAAUGGCAUGCCGCCCAAAACGAAUCUAUUCCAGCAACAGCAGCCAGCAGUGCCGUCCAUAAAUCAGCUGAAACAGCAGCCGCCUUUUGCAAUUAAUAUGAAUCAGGAUCCUUGGGCGCCAGUUACCGGUGGUGUUAAUCCAGCCUCACAGUACAAGCCCAUGCGUCCUACUAGUCUGCAGCUAAUCGAUGACUUUAGUCUCUUGAGUGCCUUUAGUAAACCUCUAACCCAAACAAUUCCACAGCAGCACACCCAGCCACCCAAUCCUCCAAUCAACAACAACAACAACAAUAGUUACUUUGGCGAACAUUAUCAAAGUCCCAGCAUUGAUAGCAUACGCAAUUUGGAUCUUAUGAACGAGCCGCCGCAACGUGCCUAUGGCUAUUCACCUACAGCUCCAACAACGCUGAGCUACAGCAGCUUCAGCACUCCGUUGGGCUAUUCCAGCUAUACGCAAAACUAUACAAGCGCCUUGACCGAAUCCUUGGCUGAAACUCCGGGAGUUACCAUCGCGCCGCUGGGCUUCGAUGCGCGACAGAAUCUGAAUCAGAGUGCAGCUGCUACUCAGCAUCAGCAUUGCUAUCAGGAUCAAAACAACAACAUGCCAUGGAUAAAACCGGAGGCAGCGGCUACAAAUCCAUUUUUAUCUUAAGCGUGGAGAGCGUAGGUCAAUCACUGACUGCAAUCAAUCAAACAAUCAAUUAGCUACAACAACUAAAACUACAAAUAACAUUACAAAAUGCCGUCUGGUUGGUGCAAGCAGCUGUCUAACUAUAAAACAAACAACAACAACAAUUACAACCACAACAUAAAAAACACACAACAACAAUAAUAAUUGAUAACUAAAUUAUAUGUAAGCAAGUAUUAUUAAAUUGUAAAAUAUGUGAUGUGCGUUGUUUGCCUUCGUACAACAACAACAAUAACAACGAGAACACAACAGCAACAUCAAGUACAGCAACAUGAACAAUAAGUUUAACUUGAAGUUAUGUGCAAUGCGAUGGCUGCCAGCAACGCCAACCACCAACACCAACAACUACAACAACUCCAAGCUCCAAUUGUAUAGUCAUUUAUAUAAACUAUAAUAUAUAUAAGCAGCAGCUUUAAUUGGCAGUCCUACCCAAAUACUUUAUUCCCCAUACAACUGUUACACCAAAAAA